AUGCCCAUAGCACCUCAUACUAUGAGUAAACGCCUCCUAGCGAAAACCAUCAAAAAACUGAAUUCUGGCGUCAAAAAACAGGGGUCAGCGGACUCGAAUUAUAGCCAGCCGUCCUCCGACCUGUCUCUAGAUGAGGAACGCGAGGCGCUGCGCCGGGAGACCGAACGCCAGGCGCUCACCCAGCUCGAGAAGGCCAGGACGAAGCCGGUUGCGUUUGCUGUUCGCACAAACGUCGCAUACGACGGGAGCUUAGAUGACGAUUCACCAGUACACGGUUGUGCCAUCUCUUUCGGCAUCAAAGACUACCUGCACAUCAAAGAGAAAUACAACAAUGACUGGUGGAUCGGACGUCUCGUUAAAGAAGGCUGUGAUGUUGGUUUUAUCCCUAGUCCUGUAAAAUUAGAAAAUUUACGCUUGCAGCAAACACAAACUAGCAGUAGAAAAUUAUACGCCAGCAAGACUAGUUCCUCUUCAAACCUUGGUAACACAAAUGACGCGCCAAAUGUGAGAUCCACAUCUAGAGGUUCAACUCCACCAACUCCUGGGUUCGAGACUGAUCAAAAUGGCGUAGAAACCGGUGUUGGGGACGACAGUGACAGUCUAGGCAAUAGCAAGCUAGGAAAGACUGUCACUACGCCGCCAGCAAAGGAAAAGAAAAAGCCUUUUUUCAAAAAAUCGGAGAACAUUCCCCCAUAUGAUGUAGUGCCUUCAAUGCGACCCGUGGUUCUGGUGGGACCCUCUCUGAAAGGUUACGAGGUCACGGAUAUGAUGCAGAAAGCCCUUUUCGAUUACUUGAAGCAUCGCUUCGAGGGAAAAAUCAUUAUUACGAGGGUGACUGCUGAUAUAUCACUGGCAAAGAGGUCCCUACUAAAUAACCCCAGCAAGAGAGCGAUUAUGGAACGAGCCAACAGUCGCUCUACUUGUCUAGCUGAAGUUCAAGCCGAAAUCGAGCGGAUAUUCGAGUUGGCUCGAACGCUGCAAUUAGUCGUCUUGGACUGUGACACCAUCAACCACCCAUCGCAGUUGUUAAAAACGUCUUUAGCGCCCAUUGUAGUCUACGUUAAAAUAUCAUCCCCCAAAGUUUUACAAAGGUUAAUCAAAUCCAGAGGCAAAUCUCAAAGCCGGAAUCUCAACGUUCAGAUGGUAGCUGCUGAGAAACUUUCUCAAUGUGCUCCUGAAAUGUUCGAUGUGAUUCUGGACGAGAACCAACUGGAAGAGGCUUGCGAGCAUCUCGCGGAAUUCCUUGAGGCCUACUGGGCCGCAACUCAUCCCCCCAACAAAACCCCACCCCCGCAGAUUCGAAGGCCCAUCCCUUCGCCAUAUUCUCCCUCACCGCGUCUCGAAGAACCCUCCCGAGGUGGAGCUGGGCUUCAGAGGCAUAAUUCCACGCCUCCAGGCGUCAACUAUAGGUCCGACAGUGACCGAAGACCCAGGCAUUCGGACGAGCCUAUGUCUCCCAGUAUGGACGUCGAUUCUCAAGGCGACUACAGAAUGAUGCGCGACCCACCCCCAAGGAGAGAGCUACCGCCUAUAGUGAGUGAACGUGGAGGGGGAGGUAGCUAUGGACAGCCCAUGUCUGGUGGUCCCUCAGACCCCCGAGACAUGCAUCCGCCUCUCCCCGACCGUUAUCCGCAGACUCACCAUUCUCGGGCUCCACCCCCCAUGAUGAUGGACUUUAGUGACCAAGAGUACAGUGACCGCGCGGCUUGGGAACGCGGAGUCGUCAGAGACCGACCCCACGAUUACUACAUAGAGGACAUGGAUGCUCAGAUGAAAGUGAGGAUGGACGAUCGCGGCGGACCACCCAUGGACUAUGGAAGAGGAUAUGGGCCCUCGGAAAUGCGCGAGAUGAGAGAGAUGCCCGAUCCACGGGAUUUGAGGCAUUCCUCACACCACCCACACGACAGGGAUUAUCCCUCACCCCACAGAGGACAGACCAUGGUGCAUAGGGACAUUUUAUGAAUAGCCUUUAACUCUUGCCUACAUCUGGACAAGACUGGUGGUUCGUCGAACCGACAAAUGUUCCCCAUUUGUGUAUUCUUACUUGGACAUAAUUUGUCAAAUCUUUUCGAGAGAACAAAAAGUUUGAACCUCUGGAUGGAUGUUCUUUUCAUCUCGUAAACCUGUCUGUCAAUAUUUUCAAUGUCAUUCUUAUUUUUCUCUGUCUUUGUACCACUCUCAUGGAAGAACCCGCCCACAACCUGUUUGUACCAUUUUUCUUUUGAUUGGGCUGAUGUUCUACUCUUGCUGCCUUCACAAAGUCCAUCCCAGCACUAAUCGUUGGUUUGUUGUUCAUUGUCAUACAAAGAAUUAACUGACCUCAAAAAUGUGCUUUUGACCUCUUGAAAAGAAUCCUAGUCAACGUGUAUGCUCAAAUUUAGAGACUAAUUUUUGACAAUAAGUAUAUUUGUUCAUCCCAUGGAAUUAACAAUAAUAGUUCAUUCUAAUACUUUUUUAAGAAAAGAAAAUAAAGAAUAAAAAAACUUCUGAUCUGAAAAUAUAACUAGAUUGGAGAUGUGGAAGAGCUUUCAUCAGAAGAACAGUUGAUCUUUUUAACAGAAAAAGGAAUUAAUUUGUGGAUGUUCUAAAAUAAUAGUGAAUGCACACUUUGUUUUGAUCUCUUUUAGUUAUCCUCGAGCUUCGAAAAUCAAAAGUAUUUCAUCCACAAGAGACCAAAACGUUGUUUCUUUUUUGACAAGUUUCUUGUGAAAUAUUUUCACUUUUUCUUAUGUUAGUCCCACUUUUCUAAAUGUACCUUUUAUUUUUAUUUCCACUGUUCAUACCAGAUUUUUCAUGACCUUCAUGUGAAUGUCAUGAAAUUCAUAGCCAUAUUGGCUUUUUUAUGCGAAGUAAAAACUACAUUAGCUUGAUAUCAUCUGUGAUGUGCAUAAGGUUAUUCAAGUAAAAAAAAAUCCCGGCAUCUACGUGUGAAAGAUGCUGGCAAAGCCUGAAGAACUUUCUAGCUGACUGGUAAGGUACAAAGUAGACUUCACUAGAAGAAGGAAUCGACUCAUUUAGAACUUUGUUUUACGCAGCUGGUGUUGUUCAAACUUCGUUAAUACUAGUCGAAAACUACGUGAUCCUCAUAGCAUGUCUCUCUGUCGGCGCACUAAUCAUGGGUACAAAAUUAGUGCGGCUAAACAAUUGGUUCCGUUUAAAUUCUGAUUAGUGAAUGCAUUUUACACUUUUGCUUUUUGUUAGGAGAACUGAGAUUAGCUAAAUGCAUACAAAUAAGUAUGAUUAUAUAUCAGUGCCUACUUUUCAAUGCCCUUAUAAAUUUGAUACAUUAUAGACUUUGUGCACAAGGUACAGAAGAAAUUGUACACUUUAACUAAGAAAAUAGUUUUGGGUUAAAGUACUAUCUGAUGGAAAAGGUUAACUAGUGAUUUGAUCAAUUAAUACAGGAUUAUGUUUUAGGUUGGUAUACUAUAGUCCUACCGCGAAAAGUUGAGCCUUUGCUCCGCCCCGUUCCAGAAUUGUCCAUUUUCGCUAAAUGACGAUAUGGAGAGAAAAGUUGGAAUGAAAUUUGCAAGUGCUUCAUUGGUUCUGUAGAUUAAAUACGUCACCUUGGAGUUUAAGAAAAUAGCCAAAGAGGUAAAACAUUUUAAUUUUGUGCGGUCAAGGCAGUUGUCUCAUUGGACAGGUCACAUCCUACAUAAGUGGGUGGGUCUUGGUUUUACUUCUUUCAGCAGCCAUUGGUCAGAGAUGAUAACGCCCCCGAUAAUUUCAAUUAAAAAUUGGCUCGAGUAGAAUUGCAAUAAAGAAUACAAGGCUUGUCAUUUUUUUCCUUUUUCGCCAACUCAAAGGAUUUAUUGCCGCAACUUAAAUCUUUCAGGUCUAAAUAAUCACAUAAAGGAAAUAUACUAGGAAUAUUUUUUAUAUAUAUCGCCAAAAUGUUGCUGAAUUCCAAAAUAUGGCUACGUGUCCUUUCUUCCUUCGCUACCCAUUUAAAGCAAUGGACCCGUUUUCUCAAAUGAUUGACAAGGGUAAUUUGUUCGCGGUCGGACUAUAUAAUAACAUACAUACGAGGUGCAGAAUUUCUUUUUAAUCUCGAAAAGUAUGUCACGACUUUAUUCGUUAUUCCGGAUUCUCUAUAGCUGCAGCUUUUAUUGCUUAACUAAAAAGUACACUUCGAAAUAUAAUGUAGAAUAGUUAUUCAUGUGCGAACGUUGCAUCACUUGAUAUACAAUAUCGUUGCAUUAUUUGAAGUAUUUAAAAUUAAAAUUUUUAUACCAUUUUAUGCCUUGAAAAUUUAAUGAACGUUGAGAUUUGUGUAAUGUUUUCUAAACAUUUGAAGCAGCGUGUUAUCAAUGACAAUUCCUCUGUCAGACGUUGCUCUAAGAAAAUUAAAAAUUGUUACUAGAGUUCAUACUGCAAAUUUUACAAAAACAAAAUAAGCUGCAUUAAUACAUCUUCCAAUUUAAAUUGUUUACUAGAAAUUUGCACUUUUUAGAAUUAAAAGCAGAAGGUAAAUUAACGAUUUUCUUAUAAAAUUUAGAAUAAGUUUUGCAAAGUGCUUCAGAAUUUAUUUUGUUACAUCGUGUCAAAUUACAGUUGGUAUUCGUAACCAGAAGCAUUAUAUUUAUUAAGUUCUAAAAUUUAGAAUUCACUUUUAUUUAAAUUUGAUUUGAUAUUAAAAAUACAAACUUUCUUUAAUUACUUAUUACAAAAAAUAAAUUGGUGCCUGGAGCAUAAGUAAUGACUGUUUACGAUUAAGUUUAGCAUUUUUAUAUUCAGGGUAUUUGGUUGCUUUCCUUCUGUAAAAUAUGAUUCAAUAUUUGCAAGUAAGAUGCAAUGCAAAUGCAAUUUUAUAACAAUCACAAAGUUUUCAAACUAUUUAAGUUCAUUUGAUUCUUUGUCUUUUUAUGAAAAACAAAAUGAAAUUCACAUCUAAAUUAUAGUUGGAUUAAAAAUGCAAUUCUAUAAUGAGUUAUGUUGAUUGUAAUUUGUAUUUUUUAAGCUGAGUUAAAUAUUUUUCAGAGAUUCACUUGAAAUACAGCUUUAAGAUGUAUUCUAACUUUUUUUCUUCUUAACAAAGGGUAUAAAUUACUUUUUUAAAAUGCUAAUGUCUAUUAUUUAUGAAUGAGUGAUGUGAAAUGUCAUGAAUCUACAAAGUAAGAUUACUUUUUAGAUUGUUACUAAGAGUUUUAUGUUAUUCUUUUAACAUAGCAAAUGCUUAUAAAAAUUGAAAACAAGGUUUAUUUAAUUUCUUCCAAUAUUGAUUUUUAUCUUAAAUAUUUCUCAUGAAGGCAAGCUUUUUACAGUAAAUGUCUGUUUACCUUCAAAAUAGCAUUCAGAACACUGAAAUACGUUUGUGAAUCUUAAUACCAUGACCUUUUUUAUAAUGACAAUGUUGACUGUAAUUAGAGAAAUUACCAUUCCUUUCUUAAGCAAUUUCUUGAAGAAUGACUCAUUAAAGUACACGUUUAAUGUUUAUCUUUCGAAAAUGUAGUUCAUAGUAGUGAAAUAAUAAAACUGACGUCAUGACUCUGAAAGGUGCGGUCCAAAUUUAUAUUCAUUAAAACGUAAGCAACUUUUGUUGAUUAUUUUUUAAAAAAUAAUCCAGUUGAUUAGAAACUGCCAAUUAUUUGUUUGUUAUCUGCGCUGAAAAUUUUAAUUUUUGGGAUGUUGUAAAGUUUUUAGUAUUUCAUUGUUUAUAUUAACAAGACUAUAAAUGUUACAGUCUAUAAGUCAAAUAUUCAUUUAACUUAUGUACUAUAUUUAUGAUUCAGAACUUGAUUCUAAUACUAAGUGAUUAAAAAAGUAAAAUUGUAACUUGACUUUAAAACAAAUUUUUAAAAAAUGGCAGACAGAACAUUUUGUACUUGCAUUGGAAGAUAGAAUUUAUGAAUGUAGCUUUACUUUUCUUCUUCUUUUCCUGUACUAGCAAUAAAUGAAAUGUUCUCGUUCGUAAACAUUAAAAUGUUCUGUACUCUUUCCAUGUCAAACUAAUUAGACAGAAAGUAAGAUUUCUUAGUUAUGAAAUUGAAAUAUAUAUUUCAGAAGCUUUGAUCAUUUGUAGUUUGCAAAAUGUGUGGGAAAUUUAAAAUUGACUUUAGUUAAUAAAACCGUGUAUUAAAUGUCUAACCUUUUCAAGAAAAUUUAAACUCGACGUUGACUUAAGAUAAUUAUCGAAAAGAGUCGUUUAAAAAACUUUUUAUUUUUAACGUAGGUAAUCACUAUGAAUAACAAAACAGCACAAAAGUACACGGAAACAGUUAGUGCUAUUUUGGAUAAUCUAUCUGAUCUUACAAAUUGUGACUCGUCCUACGCAUGCGUUUAACUGAAUUAGCUUUCACUAUGUAUUUACACUUCGUUUUGCAGUAAAAAUUUCAAUAAAAUAUUAAAUGCAAACAUUUCAAAAAAGAAAAAAAAAACCUUUUGUUUUCAAAUUAAAGCAUAGUGUCAUAAAAUGACUCCCUCUUCUAUCUUUCUAAAAACAAAUUGCAAAACUGUUUUUUACCCUUUGAAAUCGUCUUUGGCCCGACGAAAAUUUGCCAUGACGUGUUAACUUUUAGCGAGCCAAAACCAAUUUCGAAAGAAAACAUUAGAAUUUCAUAAUAAGUUCAAUAUCAUUAUUUUAAACUGAAUAAUGAAAAGACUCGAAUCUUCUUUAAAAUCGAAAUUGUCCAUCGUGGGCAUAACUAAUCUUGAAGAAGCUUCACUUGAAUAUGUUAAAUAUCGUUUACUGCGAUGAUACAGAUCCACAAAUGUCUUAGCUUAAGAGAUUUCAUAUACCGUAUAAUUCGUUUCAGAACGUAAAACAUUUUUUUAAAUGACUGUCAAGAACAUAAUACAUAAAAUUUCAGAACUUUUUAUGUAUUAUUUUCUGACAUUAAAAGUUGUCUUCUUAACUAUGCAUGCAUUCAGAACACAGAUUAGCUUCUAAUAAGACAUUUUUAUAAAUUUUUGCGAAAGUUUUGAUAGAAUACUGAAUCUUUAACGUAAAAGAAUUUAGUCGACGAAUUUAUUGAAUCUAUGCAUUUAAACUUGCACCAUUUUUAAAGCUCGCUUAACUAUGUCACUAUUCAGAAACAUCUAGCGUAAUACUGCCGUGAGAAUGACAGCUUUUAAAGAAAUUAUUUCUGGUUCAGCCAUAAAAAGAAAUAUUUCAAAGUGCUUAAAUAAAAUGCACUCAAAAUACUGCGUAAAAUUUACAUAAGCAAUGCUACUUACUUUGAGUCUUUCAAAUUUCAAAGACGUGGAUAGUUUCGAAUGGGAAUAUUUUUCCAAGCCAGAUCAUUUUCCCCUUGCAGCGGCUGUACUUUUAAUAUUUUAAAGCUUCCCGUGAUACUAAUGUUGCAAUAGAUGUAUGUAUGAUCCUUUUUGUUAUACUCGUUUCACCAUUUGUUCCUGUUUUUGUCAUUAUUUUUGUGGCUUGACUGCAUAAUAUAUAUUAUAUAUUAAAUUUCUGAAAUUUUAUUGAA